CGCGAGUGGCCGUCGAACGGUGAGCGUCAUGUCAAAAACUUCCUCACUUUUGAGCGGGUUUUAUUUUCCGAUCGUCUUUUGCAAAAACGAAGCUGCGCAUAGUGGUGAAAAAGAAAAGCUGUUUUGUUGUGACCUCAGUUGCUAAAUGCAGAAAAUAUUAUCGGAUUUCGGUGCUUCAGUGUCCGGUUGUGAUGUUCAUGUGCGAUAAGUAGUGAAAAAUCCGUGACAGAAUCGCUUUGCUCACGCAGGAAUUUGCUGCGAUCAGCGCUCGUUGCAUCGAAAGAAAGGAAACCGCGCUUGCCCCGCACCUACUCUCCUCCCACUGCCCUGCUUGGUCAACAAACCAUAAUCGGUAAAUUACUAGCAGAGGGCAGCGCCGCCGACCGCCAUCAAGCUGGAAGCGAAAGAUUUAAAAGCCUGCAGCGGCGGCCCCGUUGCGAGCGGGGUUGGUAGUUGCGCUGCUAGCGGUGGGGGCAACGGGACUAAUUCCAAGAACCGGAAGAUGGUGUCGAAGAAGAAGGAAAAAGAUGCGGAAGUGACCAAACAGCCGAAAAUGGAAGCAUUCCAGACGGACCAUGAGCUUUUUAUGCAAGCCUUUGAAAAACCAACACAGAUUUAUCGUUAUUUAAGGACCCGGAACAUGAUAUCGCCUAUAUUUUUGAAUCGUAACUUAUCAUAUAUGCGCCACAGAAUGUCCCGAUCUCACAAAACACGCAAUGUUUUCAAAAUCGACUCUAUGCUAGCUCAGAAGAUGAACAAAAUGCGCAACGACAAAGCAAACGGAUUGUCGUUUACCGGAGAGUAUCUGACGCUGCUAUUUCUAGGCUUUUUCGAUCAGAUUCAUGACGAUAAUAUGUCGGACGAUCAAAAAAUUGACGAUCGGGGCGAGAAUGACAAGACGGUACAAGUGGAAACAGUGCUUCUGAAGAUUUCUCACAACAAGCGUAAGGAUAUUUCAUCGGCAUUGAUGCAAGUGGCCGUGGGGAAGUCAGACGUGGUGGUUAAUCCGGCGGAAAAGCUCGCAGAAGAUAAGGUGCCUACUAUAAGCAUUGCCACGGAAUCAUUUAGUUCGGUUGGAAUAAACCAGGUGGCUGGGCCACAACUGUCGUUCCUCUUACUGUUUAGGGUACACAUGCAUUGCAGUUCGGAAAGUACCUAUUGUGCUAUUUCUAACGGAGCCGAAGGAUUUGAAAAUGGAGGAAGCGACGAAGAGCCCUCAAGCAAACGGCAAAAGAUGAGUGGAACCAACAAGCUGUUCGGAACCGAAUUGAUAAUUUACGACAAAUACGGACGAUGUUUGCUAAAGGAGGGAGAUUACGAGCUUACGGUUCAGGAAAUUUUGCCACAUCAGCAACAAAUGCAGAAGUACAAUUCACCGAAAAAGAAUGCCACAUGGGAAACUAUUCAGCCUUUGAACGGUGAUAGGCAUGAUAUGGAUAUAAUUGAUAUCUACAAACAGAACGGAAUUGAUGAUCAGAAUCCCAUUCUUAUGUUCAGAAAAUCUCCCAGCCUCAAAUUUCGACUACAGUGGACGAAGGAAGCACUGCCUGUUCUGGUGGACAGACCACAACCCUUGUCGAUAGCAUUGAACAGCAGUAGCGACAAAGAAAAUCACAAACCUGAGAAUCUGUCGUCAUCCUUUAAAAGAAAUCUCAGCAUUAACAUCAAUAAUAACAGUAUCCUUACACCUGCAGCAGCUACCGGAAAUUCCAACAUUCCCGCUCCGUUGGAUGCAAAUUCCGGCGCACUUGUACCGAUGGGAGCUUCCAACGCAACUCCUGGCUCGACCGAACUUAAACUUUACGUCGAUGAACCGAAAAUCGAUCACAUCAUCUAUCAAUUCGUGUACAACAACAACUCCCGCCAGCAAACGGAAACAAAGUCUGACUUCCACUGUCCGUGGUGCAGUUUGAACUGUGGCACGUUGUACCCACUGCUGAAACACCUGAAGCUAUGUCACGCGAGGUUCAUUUUUACGUACAUUCCGAUUCCCCCGAACGGAGCCCGCAUCGACGUGUCGAUAAACGAAAUGUACGACGGGUCCUAUAAUGGGUCUCCUCACGACCUGCUCGGAACGGCAAAUGCUUUCUCUAGGCGAGGCCCUAUGCGCAGAACAGUGGUCACUAAUUUGCUCGUGUGUAGACCCCGGAGGCAGAAACACAGUUUGUCCGAGUUUAUCGAGUGCGAUGAGAACGAGUUUGACAGCCAGCGGCCCUUCAUCACCGGUCACAGCAGAAUGUAUCACCACACGAUGACGUGUCUGCCGGUCCAUCCCAAAGAGUUGGACAUCGAUUCCGAGGGAGAAAGCGACCCGCUGUGGCUGCAGCACAAAACCAUGCAGAUGAUCGACGAAUUCACCGACGUGAACGAAGGCGAAAAGGAGCUGAUGAAAAUGUGGAACCUACACGUGAUGAAGUACGGUUACGUGGGCGAUUGUCAGAUCCCGGUCGCGCUGGACAUGUUCAUUGAUUGCCGAGGACGGGACCUGCUGAGGAAGAAUCUGUACCGCAACUUCAUACUGCACGUGUGCUCGAUGUUCGAUUUUGGGCUGGUCUCGCCCGAAGUGAUGCAAAAUGCCAUAAGGAAACUACAGAAUUUGUUGUUUGAGAAUCCGGAUCUCCAGAAGCAAGUAGCCACGUCUCGAAAAGACCAGAUGGAAUACUGGAACACUGUGACCGUACACAAGCAGGCCCAACCAAAGACAGAGAAGGCAACGGAUAGAGCUGGCGCAGGCGCAAGCGGAACUCCGUCCACUCCUUCCCACAAAGCUGGCUCGGCUGGAACCGGAAGCGAUAAGCGGGUCAAACCAACAAUGACCCCUGCCAAAAGUAACUUCUCACUUGCCGGCGCGGGUGCUGCCACACAUGCUGGCAGUUCCGUUUCGACGAUUGACAAAAAUGCCAUUUCACAAUCCCGUCGUCGAAGUGCCAGUGCCGCGCUUCAUUCCAAUUCAUCAUUAGCCAACAACACUGCCAACAAAGACACACAUCAUUCAUCCGCUCACCCCAAUCCAUCUCAAUCGUCUUCUUAUGCUUCACCACACUCCAACAAACGAUCGUCCACUGCCAGUGCUAGCCACAACAGCAGCAUUGGCAAUGCCACCAGGAGCAGCAGCAACAACAGCGGUGGUAAUAGCGGCAGCAGCAGUGCCAACAAAACCUCCACUAUUACUACCCGAAGAAAGUCUCUUUCCGUAGGUACCCAAAGGAAGCGAUCCCUCAACUGACCUUGGUUCUAAUCAUAUCCGUGGGCGUAUGUUUUGAGAUGUGACUGUAACAGAAACUGCCUAAUCGGCCACUUAGUUGGCUUUCUUAUGCCUGAAGAGUAGAAGUAAAGUCAAUCCUGAUAUCAAAGAGAAGUCUUGAGAGCGAGAGGGAAAAGAAUGUGUGAUUUUUGUAUAAAACAUAUAAAUUUGGGAUAUGUGCGAGCGUGUGGUCUGUUUUGCAUUAGUAGCAGUAAGCAAUACGAUAAAACAAUGGGGUUUUGUAUUCGUUCUUGAAUAUGUAUAGGACAAAAAAAGGGCAGAAACAAAUGCAACAGUUUUAGAUGCUAAGUCGAAUCGAACAACCAAUAAGCGUAGAACCGAGCAGAUAGAACUAUUUCAGGAUUAGUGAAAGAAUAAAAACCUAGGACUGAACGUGAUUUGUUCAACAACUCAAGGAACUGUACAAGUAUAAAAGUUUAUGGCAGUCUAACCCUGUAUUUAUAUAGUAAUGGAUUUUUUUUGCUACAUCGUAUAUGUCAAUACAGAUGCUAAGUGUACUACAAUUAGAAUUGCCUCGUUUGCAAAAUUUUGACAUCUCAAACAAAGAACGUAAACGUAUUUUUAAAGCGAUAUUUGACCUAUGAAAAGGAGAUAAUAUAACAGCUGAAAAAGGUUAAGAAGCAACAACCAAAAACGUACCCCGUUCAGCAAAUACAAAAAAAAACUUAACAGUCCCCGCUGUAGCCUAGUGUGCUGAACUAUUUUUAAUUUUCAACGCUAUUCGAUGCGUUUUCCCACAGUUCUGUUUUCGAUAAAAUUACAAAAAGUUGUUUGUUUGUACUUGUACUAUUUCUACUAUUUCAUGCCAUUUCGAAGUGAGCAAACGCUUAGGUUACUUCUUUCAAACGUGUUAAAACUUGUUGCGAGGAAAAAAAACUCGAAAAUGUCUUCAUUCUGUUUCAUUGCGUAUAGUUUGAGUAUUGCAAUAAAAUUCGGCAAUUGAUAUUUUAUAA